AUGGGAAUUUGGUGGCUUCAUAUUCACUGCAUUAAACGGAUGAUUCCUAUAUUUUAUGCUACUGGACAUAAUAACUACGCCAAGUGUGCACAUCUUUAUUUGCUACAAAUGAAAAAAUUGAAAUCUAUCAAUGAAGAAGAAUAUUGUCGUUUCGUAAAUCAGGGAUUAUUCACCAUUCGCCGAAGAAGUAAAUUUUGGUCAGGAACAUGGAGCGACAUGGUAAUUGAACAGAGCCUCAUGAGAGCAAUGAAAACUCAAGGAGGCCUGACUCAAGGCCGUGGAUUUUCUGAUGCCUCUUUGGCCAGAUGGAUAUCAAGUAUGUCAUCGUGUAUCCCUAUUGGUAUAUCUUUAGAAGAGUUUGUUCAAGUAAAGUCAAUAUCUUCAGAUCAACAUAUUGAAUUAACAAAUGCCCGACAACGCCGAAAUGAAAGUGAUUUAAAAAAAAUUCUAGAGUGGCUACAAGAUCACAACCCCUUCAAAUGUUCAGAGCUUUUGUCUAUUUCAACAGGAAUUAUUGCUUCUCCUGAUGUAAAUUGUGAUAAAGCUCAGGAAAUCGGAGAAGUCAUUUUCAAUAGUCACAUUGAGAAACAUUUUACUGAUAUUCAGUGUAAAAGAAAGGACAAUAUCAAACAUUUGGCUUCUAUGAAUAGUAGCAUCAAGCUACAUAAUACAUAUAUAGACUUCAACCCGAUGCAACUUUUCAACAGAAUAAUUUGUUCAAAUAAAACACCAGAAGAAAUAAAACAUUGCUUCAAAUAUGAGUUGUCGCCAUAUCCUUUAUCACUUUUUAAAGAUGGUAAUCUAAGAAAAGGAACAAAAUCUCAACUUCUUCAGGAGCUUGAUAAGAUCUAUAAGCCAGAAAGUAUGCCCCAUUCAGACACUGUUUAUGUUAUAGAUGGAGGAUUUCUGCUACACAAAGUCUCAUGGCAAAAACCAGCCUCAUAUAAUGACAUCUUCCUUCAAUAUGUAAAUUAUGUUAUUCACAACUAUAACAAGGAUUGUGUCAUAGUCUUCGACGGCUACACGAAAGAGGUUAUAUCAACCAAAGAAAGUUUACAACGAUGCAGAUCAAAGGGAAGCAUAGUAAUUUCCAUCCAUGCCCAAGCUUCGGUAAUUAUACCACAAGUGGAUUUUUUGAAGAACAGUCAAAAUAAGACACAGUUUAUAAAUAUCCUUCGAACCUACUUUGAAGACGUAGGUAUAACUGUGCAUCAAGCACCCAGGGAUGCUGAUUAUCUUAUUACAAUGACAGCAGUAGAACUAUCCAUGAUAAAAAAACACGUCACAGUUGUCUCAGAGGACACCGAUAUAAUGGUUUUGCUUAUACAUCAUGCAAAAAAUAAAAAUAUAUCCAUGCUUCGCCCAGGGAAAGCAGCAAAAGGUAACAAAGUAUCAACGAUAUCUGGCAUACAAGAUAAACUUGGACAUCUGAAAAAACACAUAUUGUUUUUGCAUGCCAUAUCAGGAUGUGAUACCACAUCUUUCCUGUUCAAUAAAUCCAAAAAAACUUGUCUUUCGCUACUUAAGGAAGAUAAUGAUCUCUCCCAAAAAUUUGACGUAUUUUUGAAUAGUAAUGCAAGCAGAAAUGAUUUUCUUGAGUCGGGAUUAAAUUUUAUUUUGAGGCUGUAUCGCUGCCCAAAACAUAUCAAAGAUAUUAAUUUGUUGAGGUAUACUUUAUACAAUAGGACAGCAUCAAGGCAAGGACUCAAGUCCACAUUUAAUUUGGCUACUUUGCCCCCAACCGCAGACUCUGCAGAACAACAUGUUCUCAGGACAUACUUUCAGAUUCAAGAAUGGAUUGGCAACAACUUGGACCCUCUGCAAUACGGGUGGAAGAAAAAUAAGCAAGGUAACCUGAUACCUGUACAAUGUAAGGAAGCUGUAGUUCCCCCUGAUCUAUUGAAACUGAUUUUUUGCAAUUGCAAAGAAAGUAACUGCUCCAAAAACUGUUCAUGCAGAAAACUUGGACUUAAGUGUUCUUCCAAGUGUGGGCAAUGUUACGGAAUCAGUUGUUCGAACUGUUGUUUCGUGGUAGAUGAGGAGGAGGAUGACGGUCUGGAUGACGUCACACAGGAACUUUUUGAAGGUGAUUUAACUACCAGAAGUAUAUUAAAAUAUUUUUCCUAUGGGUUUAAGCAAAAAGAAAUUUUAUUAAUGCUGCGGACUUUACAUGGUAUUAUUAUCUCACACAGAACCCUUAAAAGAGUACUACAAAAAGCGAAUCGCUACCGAAGAAAAAAUUAUUCAUCUAUUGGGGAUAUAGUUCGUUUCAUUGAGAACGAGAUAAAAGGGUCUGGGCAGUUACAUGGUUAUAGGUGGAUGCAUCUUAGAUGUAUUCAAAAUAACUUGGUUGUGACUCAGGAAGUAGUCGCUGAAAUUUUGCGUUUUUUGGACCCAGAGGGACAUGAUAUACGUAAACGAAAAAGACUUAGGAGGCGCCAGUAUUUGAAUAAAGGACCCAAUUUUUUAUGGCAUAUAGACUCCUAUGAUAAAUUAAAACCCUACGGAAUAUGUAUAAACGGAUGUAUAGAUGGGUUUUCCAGGCACAUCAUUUGGCUAAGGAUGGGACCCACAUCAAAUGAUCCCAAAGUUAUCGGUGGCUAUUUCUUGGAUGCCUUAAGAAUUACAGGCGGAUGUCCUGAAACUGUUCGUUCUGAUAUGGGUACGGAAAAUGGUGUAGUAGAACGUAUUCAAAAAACAUUGCACGAAACCUUUAACAUUGAAAGAAAUGGAAGACCACCCCAUCUCUAUGGAAAAAGUACCCAUAACCAACGAAUUGAAUCUUGGUGGGGUAUGCUCCGAAAACACUGCGUUCAAUAUUGGAUGAAUGUUUUUCAAUCUCUAAGAGAAGAAAAUUUUUUUCGAGGAACUACCCUUGACAAAAUGUUAAUUCAGUUUUGUUUUUCUGCCAUUAUAGAGACUGAAUUGGAACAAGUUGUUCAGGACUGGAAUAUUCAUAAAAUAAGUAAAACAAGGAACAGUAUUUCCCCAACUGGAAGACCUGCUUUGAUGUACGAGGUUCCGUCUUUAUAUGGAGCUAAAAGUUACUUAGUGCCAGUACCUACAUUUGCUAUCGAAGAACUUUCCUCAAAUUGCACAUUUUCAAAUUAUCCUUGCAACGAAGAUUUUUAUGAACUUUGUACAAUUUUAGUAGAGGAGCAUCAAUACAUCCGAAAUAACAACCCUACUGAUUGCAUUGAAUUGUAUAAAAAAUUAAGAGUAGAUUUACAUAAUAUUUUUAACAUUACUGUUUAAUAGAUUAGCUUAGGGCCACAGUAUCAUAGCACGCAGUUUUCGUGACGCAUUGACCCUAAUUUAGUUAUAAGUAGGUAGGUAGUCC